CCAAGAAACAGCGCAUCCUAGCAUUCACUACUUGAAAGGGAGAGGAAGGAAUUCAAACGCUUUAAAAAGAGUUUCACUUUGGAAUCUAAGAAGCCGGGUCAGUUUUGUUUCACACUUCCUUCUCUCUGACUCCUUUGUUUGUGAGAAAUCCAGCUUCUUAGCUCUUCUCUUUCCUCUGUGAUCAUCCCUCUGUAAAGAUUUUCUGUAUCUCUCAAAUCCCAAAAAGGAAAUUCCUUUUUUCGUUCCAAGCUCGAUCUUCUCGCUUUUUGUCCGUUACCUUUGUGACCCAUUAUGGGUUUUGAGGUCUUGCCUUUGGGUUCAAGCAGCUUUUUAUGGUCGUGCUUCUAGAAGAAGUAUUGCAGAGAAACUAAGUUAGCCGAAGGUUAAACGAGGCCUUAAGUUUUGUGAGUUAAAUUGGGUUCUAGAUCAGGUCUCCAGUGUCCAGUUAGUUAAGAAGAGAAGUACUUAACAGGUGUGCGGUUCUCAGGUCAUUAUCUGCAAUGAAUACUUUUGAAAACAAGGAUAAUGACUUGGAAACUGGUAAGUUAAUCAAAGAUGGAGAAAAGACAGCACGAAGUAAUAGAGUGCUUAAGAUACCUAAUCAAGCCUUAUUGUCUGGCUUCGCAUAUUGCAUUUCGUCAUGCAGCAUGAUACUCAUCAACAAGUUUGUGCUUUCCAGCUAUGAUUUUAAUGCCGGGAUAUCUUUGAUGCUUUACCAGAAUCUUAUUUCAGUGAUUAUUGUGUCUAUAUUGAGUUUUCUGGGCAUAAUAUCAACAGAACCACUAACAUGGAGAUUGGUUAAGGUUUGGUUUCCUGUGAAUGUUAUUUUCGUCGGGAUGCUCAUUACCAGCAUGUUUAGCUUGAAAUACAUUAAUGUUGCAAUGGUCACUGUCCUGAAGAAUGUUACUAACGUGAUAACUGCUCUUGGUGAAAUGUAUUUAUUCAGUAAGCAUCAUGACAGCAGAGUGUGGGCUGCUCUGUUCCUAAUGAUAAUUUCAGCCAUUUCCGGAGGGAUUACUGAUCUAUCUUUUCACGCCGUUGGCUAUGCAUGGCAGAUUAUUAACUGCUUCUUAACUGCAUCAUAUUCUCUGACUCUACGUAGGCUCAUGGAUACAGCAAAGCAAGUUACCAAAUCUGGAAAUCUAAACGAGUUUUCAAUGGUCUUGCUUAAUAACACCCUAUCAUUGCCAUUAGGGAUUCUUCUAAUUUUUAUUUUCAAUGAGGUGGAUUACCUCACCAGAACGCCACUAUUGAGGUUGCCAACCUUCUGGUUUGUAAUGACAUUAAGUGGAGUUUUGGGACUAGCAAUCAGCUUCACUUCGAUGUGGUUUCUUCAUCAAACUGGGGCUACAACGUACAGCCUUGUGGGGUCGUUGAAUAAGAUCCCUCUGUCCAUUGCUGGCAUCCUUAUUUUCAAAGUUCCUACCAGCUUAGAAAACUCGGCAAGCAUUUUCUUCGGUCUCAUAGCUGGAGUAAUUUUUGCAAGGGCAAAAAUGCGGGAAAGAUCUCAAACCUGAAAAGUGGCAAAAGUUACAUAUCUUGAACAUGAUAACCUGGUUUUGCACUCUGGACUAAAUUGCACAAGAGAGCUGCACUUAUGUCAUGAAGUCAUCAGGGAGAGUUAAGUGGUGCAGUUUCCCAUCAAAAGAGAGAAAUAGGAGUGAACAUGGAAUGAUCUUGGCCUAUUUGCAAGUGCUGUUCUGCCCGUUUUAUUUUAUUUUUUCUUUUCCUUGUUACAUGAGAGAACUGCAUUCUCUUCUAUAUGGGAAUGGGUUGGGUUGGGUAUCUGGAUUUGUUGUAUCGAGGGAAGAUGCUUACACUAAUUCUUUCUCAUAUCUGUAUAUAUACAUUUACUGUUCUGAUCUAAAAUUUCGUAAUCCUU